GAGAUCUGAGGAGACUCAGAUUGGGGGCACAUGGGUGUUGAGAAUGGGGCAUCUGAAAGGGUUUGAGGCGGGAAGAGGGUGCGUGGUGACUUUGAAUAUUGUUAGACAGCCAGACUCAUGGUUGCUUGGUAACCUGAUGUUGUUAGGAUGGGAUCUCAAACUGUUUGAAGGGGCUUUGGGUGCAGCCAUGGAAGCUAUGCGUGGAGCUCUUGAGAAUGGCUCCCAGUGAGGUCAGAGGAUGUUCUCUGUGAGAGCCUUAAGAGGGCAAAAAUGUGUGUAGUUUGAUGGGCCGUUGUGGAUGGAGUUUGGGGCAGUGGGUCAGCGUUCUGGGUGCACUGUGCCGGGUGGCUUUUGAGAUGCUGAGGACUCGGGUUUUAGAAACCAAGACUGGGUGCAUGGAGUUGGUGUCGAUGGAGGAUCAGGACGCCAGGGUUCCAGCCCUGGAACCAUUCAGGGUGGAGCAGGCACCACCUAUAAUCUACUAUGUCCCUGACUUCAUCUCCAAGGAAGAGGAAGAGUAUUUGCUUCGACAGGACCUGCUGGGGCCUGUCAGAAAGAGCCUUUCCCAGGAGGCUUAGGGGAAACCAAAGUGAUUCUUAGAAAGAGAGAGGGAGAGAGAGAAUCUCAAGCAGACUCCCCGCUGAGCGUGGAGACUGACGCAGGACUCCAUCUCAGGACCCUGAGAUCGUGACCUGAGCCAAGAUCAAGAGUCAGAUGCUUAACCGACUGAGCCACCCAGGCACCCCACAGAACACAGACUCUUGUGCUGAGGUCUUCAAUGCCCCAAAGCCAAAGUGGACCCAGCUCUCUGGGAGGAAGUUACAGAACUGGGGACCCCAUUGCCCUCUCCCAGGUGGGCUCCCCCAUCCCCGGGGGAUGGUUCCUGAGCGGCUUCCUCUGUGGCUCCAGCGCUACGUGGACAAAGUAUCUGACCUCAGCCUUUUUGGGGGUCUCCCAGCCAACCACGUCCUUGUGAACCAGUAUCUGCCUGGGGAGGGCAUCAUGCCCCACGAGGACGGGCCACUCUACUACCCGACCGUCAGCACCAUCAGCCUGGGCUCCCACACCAUGCUGGACCUCUACGAGCCGCGGCAGCCAAAGGAUGAUGACCCUGCAGAGCAGCCCCGGUCCCCGCCCCGGCCAGCUACCUCGCUGCUGCUGGAACCGCGCAGCCUGCUGGUGCUCCGAGGCACCGCCUACACGCGCCUCCUCCACGGCAUCGCGGCUGCCCGCGUGGACGCGCUGGACGCCACCUCCCUGCCGCCCAAUGCCGCCGCCUGCCCGUCGGCGCGGCCCGGAGCCAGCCUGGUGCGGGGCACGCGCGUCUCGCUGACCAUCCGCCGCGUGCCCCGCGUGCUGCGCACCGGCCUCCUGCUCGGCAAGUGAAGCCAGGCGCCCGGCCCGCUCGCAUUCCCCGGCUCUGCGCCUCUUCCCUCCAGGCAGCUGCGACCCUGUGACCUUGGAACCCUUGGGCCGAGGCGGGAGACCCCCCUUCCCCCGCCGCGGGUUAUUUAUUUUCCCUGUAACUUGGUGGAAACUAAAGGAAGAGGUUGCAUUUCAAAUAAACCAAUAAAAAUCUCUC